AUUGCAUUGCAUUGCAUUGCACGGCGGCGCGGCCGGGGAGGGGAGGGAGGCCGGGCUGGCUGGGCCGCCGCGGGCGGUGCAUGGGGCGGCCGCCGGGAUGGCAGGGGCCGGCUGGGCCCCUCCGCACCUGGAGGACUUCAUCCUGACCGAGCGGCUCGGCAGCGGCACUUACGCCACGGUCUUCAAAGCCUACCGCAAAAAGAACGCCCGGGAGGUGGUAGCCGUCAAGUGCGUCAACAAGAAGACCCUCAACAAGGCGUCCGUGGAGAACCUGUUGACGGAGAUUGAGAUCCUGAAGACCAUCCGCCACCCACACAUCGUGGAGCUGAAGGACUUCCAGUGGGACAAAGAAAACAUCUACCUGGUCAUGGAGUUCUGUGCCGGGGGCGACCUGUCUCGCUUCAUCCACACCCGAAGGAUACUCCCCGAGAAGGUGGCGCAGAUCUUUCUGCAACAGCUUGCCUGUGCCUUGAAGUUCCUCCACGACAGGAACAUCUCCCACUUGGACCUGAAGCCUCAGAAUAUCCUGCUUAGCUCUCUGCAGAAGCCUCACCUCAAACUGGCAGAUUUCGGAUUUGCCCAGCACAUGUCCCCGUGGGACGAGAAGCACGUGCUGAGGGGUUCUCCGCUUUACAUGGCUCCCGAGAUGGUGUGCAGGAGGCAGUACGAUGCCCGUGUGGAUCUCUGGUCUGUGGGAGUGAUCCUCUAUGAGGCCCUGUUCGGGAGACCCCCCUUUGCUUCCAAGUCAUUCACCGAGCUAGAGGACAAGAUCCGCAGCAAUCAGCCCAUCGAGCUACCCACCCGCCCGCGGCUCUCCUCGGAGUGCCGGGACCUCCUCCAGCGCCUCCUGAAGCGGGACCCCCAGCAGCGCAUCUCCUUCCAGGAGUUCUUUGCCCACCCCUUCGUCGACAUGGAGCACAUGCCGAGUGCCGAAAGUCUGGACAAAGCAACCUCGCUCGUAACGGAAGCUGUGAAGAAGGACCAAGAAGGGGAUUAUUCGGCCGCCCUGUCGCUGUAUUCCAAGGCCUUAGAAUAUUUCGUCCCUGCAUUGCGCUAUGAAGUCGACGUUCGCAGGAAGGAAGCCGUCAGGGCCAAGGUGAGCCAGUACAUCUCGCGAGCGGAGCAACUGAAAGUCCUGGUCGCAUCCAGUAACAAAGCUCUCCUGCAGCUGGGACAUCCGGCGCGGGACAUCCUGAAAGAAAUGUCAAAGAACAAGCCUCGUCUUUAUGCGGCGUUGGAAGUAGCGGCAGCGGCCGUGGCAAAGGAGGAGGAAAGCAGCGACGACGGCGAAACGCUCGAGUUGUACCAGCAAAGCCUGGGGGAGCUCUUGCUCAUGUUAGCAGCUGAGCCUGCGGGGAGAAGACGGGAGCUGUUGCAUGCAGAGAUCCAGACUCUGAUGGGGCGAGCAGAGUACCUAAAAGAACAGAUAAAGAUGAAGGAGUCGCAGUUGGAGGCCGAGGCCAUGGGCAAGGAGGGCCUGCCGGACUCCGUGCGGAGCUGUGAGUGUGAAGCUCGUGAUGAUCCACGUUUGCGGCGUACUGUUAACCUGCUGCCUUUGCACGGAUGUAGGACCAAUGAUGUUACCAAAUGCUUCUCGCUUACCCCUCUUACCUGCCUGAACGAGGGCUGUUAG